AUGCCAUCGCCGGGUUUGGAGCGACCGUGCGUCUCCGAGGGAGGACGAGUGGCUACCAAUGGCCGUUCAGGCAUCUCUGCGCAGAUGGCGUUUCUCAACUCGGACGAUACCGUCAUCUUCCUCGACAAGACGGAAAACAAUCCGCUCCAGAUCAAUGGCAGGCCUGCGUGGGCGUCCGAGUACAACAUACGCACCGGCAAGUCGAAGCCAUUUGAUAUAGUAACCAAUACUUUCUGUGCGGGAGGUGCGCCGAUCGCCGAUGGAAGGAUGGUCGUCACGGGUGGCAAUAUCGCCGUUGGACCCAAGGGACUCGCCGCUAACCAGUCGGUGGGGCCCUACUUCUCGAUUGAUGGAGGCAUGGCCGUCAACAUCUGGAAUCCUCGUGAUGGCACCUGGGACUCACGACCGCGCGGGCUGCACAGAGAGCGGUGGUACCCAAGCAUGGAACCCCUCGCCGACGGUAGCGUUGCCAUCAUUGGUGGCCAGAGCGGAGGAGGCUAUAGUGCCAUCGAGAAGCUGAUGGAGCCCACGCUCGAGUUCUUUCCUGAUCGUGGAGCACCAGUGCCAGUGCCAAUCAUUACUCGCACGCUCCCCAUAAACCUCUAUCCUUUGACCUACCUCAUGUCCAAUGGCCGUAUGUUCAUCCAGUCGUACAACGAAGCCGUGCUCUACGACCUCUCCGCCCACACCGAGCAGAAGCUUCCUGACAAGCCCGGAGCCCCCGGUCCUUACCCAUCCAACGCUGCCGUGACUUUGCUCCCCUUCACGCCCGACAACAAGUACGAAGAGACGGUCUUGUUCUGUGGCGGGCUUACCGGCCUGUCCAAAGUGGACUGGGGAGGUACCCACGGCCCGAAUGUCUCGCUCACGGACAAGUCCAACUCUCGGGACUGCUGGUCAAUUGCACCCCUCAUUGAUGCGACGUGGCGACCUCGUCCACCCGCGCCGGAAGGUCGCAGCAUGGCUACCUUUAUUACUUUGCCUGAUGGGAAGAUUGCAUGGAUAGGAGGAGCCAAGAAGGGGACUGCAGGAUACGGUCCUCCGGGAAGUACCGGCCAGCCUAUUGGCCACUCCUAUGCUGACGAUCCCGGAUAUGCUGUGUGGGUGCUCGACCCCACCCGCUACACCUGGUCGUACGAAGGCACUUUGUCAAAGCCUCGCAUGUACCACUCGUCGAUGGUCCUCAUGCCAGACGGGUCCAUCGUCGUGGGCGGCUCCAACCCCAAUCCUGACGUGACGACGGUCAAGUAUCCUACGGAGUACUCCAUUGAGGUCUGGUACCCGCCUUGGUACAUCACGCCUCGCCCUUCGAACGCCCAGCUGCCCACGACCUUCAGCUACGGGAGCAGCGGGUUUCGCAUCGAUCUCACCAAAGCUCGUUCUGCAAAUUCGACCGCCUCCAUUACAAAGGCCACUGUCCGUCUGAUCCGCACAGGCUUCUCGACGCACGCAGUUCAGUGGGGCCAGCGAGCCAUCGAGCUUAACUGUCGCAUCACAAAUGGGUCCUCCACGCUCGUAGUCGAUGGUUUGCCCAACAAUCGCAGUCUCUUUGCGCCUGGCACCGCGCUGGCUUUUCUGGAUAUUGACGGAGUGCCAAGCAAGGGAAAGUUCGUGCAAGUUGGGCCUAAGACCAUUCCUGGCGAGAGGAGGAAGAAGAAGAAGAGGAGGAUGGAAUGGAGCGAUGGAGCGAAGCUCUUUUGAGCGGGUUGAGCGUGCGAGGGAAAAGCGGUCGACUUGACUCGAGAUUGCAGCCUCUAGCAUGGACAUUUGGCCCUUUGGCCCCUCUUCAUCCACUACUUGCCCUACAACUUCCUGACUCGGCCUGCAGCGAGGGCGCCCUGAGAGCGUACUCGCGCACGCAGGAGCAUCGACUCGACCCUUUGCUUAUGCUUUGACGACCUCAAUUUAUUUGCCUGCCUUCUUGA